AUGACUCAGUACCCCCGCCUCGGCAAACAAGGGUGGUACUGGGUGGCGCCAGAGGAGAACUGGAGCUCUUGGUUGCUCCCGUACGGGGUAGAGAUAGAGCCUUCGGACCAGCAGCAGAAACUUGUCGCCACCGUGACGCACGUUGGCCAGCGGAAGUGGCAGCAGGUUGACGGGAGCCAGCGGAGAAAGAAAGCAAACCAUCCCAGAAGCGGUCAGACCGGCUGGGGCCAGAAGUGGCACGCCGCGCGGGAGAUUCUCGAGCGCCUCCCCAGGCGUGCGCUGGUCCUCGUGUCCGACUCCCGCGACGUCCUGCUGAACCUGGCCCCCGGCGCGGCCCCAGGGUCGGCGGCCCAGCGGCUGGCCGCGAGCUUCGAGGCGCUGACUGCAGGAGCCCUGGAGGGCGCCGUCGUGGCCGGCGCCGAGGGGCGGUGCUGUGUUUCGGCCCUGACAAACGUGAGACCCGGCGAGCUCUUCGAUGAGGGCGGCGGCCGUCGCGUGCGGGCGUGCAGCUCCGGGUCGCAGGGCUGUCCGUGGCGGAAAGGCGGCGUGCGCCUCUGGGAGGAGUUCAUGGGCGGCCUCGCCGCAGAGCGUGGUGCCGCCGGGACGGAGGUCUUCCUGAACGCCGGGCUGGUCGCAGGCUGCACGAAUCCCACGGCCCCCCCCCCCCCGCACUCGUGCAUCAGCGCCCACUCGUACUGGUAG